AUUAUUUGAUCAUGUUUUAAACAACACUUCUUAUUGCUUUUUACACGUUUGCAACUACAAUUUCGAAACACCGAAGGCACAACAAAGCCGAAUAUACUCUAUUUAGGCAAAUGACAACAUUUGCGGUUGUACCGGAACGGUUCGCGAGUGCCGUUCUCGUCCAGACGGGCGCCGAAGCGAAAACGCACGUUCCGUGGUACUCGUUUUCGGUCUAAUUAUAAAAAUCCCCGUGUGACGCACGUAUCCGUCCGGCAGCGGCUGCAGCUGCUGCGGACAACCGGUCCAGUCGCCGCGCUAACGGUAUACGAUUUAUCGAAAAUAAUGACUGAUUGUUGCGACAAAACAAAAAUUGUCGUCAUCGUUGGAAAUCGACGGUGGCAUCGGUAACCACGUACCCACUGGCGUCGCACAUGACUCGCGCGUGCACAACAUGGAUCUAUUGCAAAUGCACGUGCUCGGUUGCGUCAGAAGACGUGUUGAAAACAUUCGGUUUUGACCGCCCGUUCUCCGAUCCGAUGUUCUAUUUGCGGUGGUUCCGGUCGCCGGGCAAACGAUGUAUGGUGCAAACGACGGCAAAAGCGCAGUUCUGUGCACCCGCAGCGGUCGCAGCAGUGUCGUUACGGAUACCUCUCGGGCGAAAGGGGGGUGACGGGAAGUAUGUACCUACGGUGUGUUGCGGUUUCUACGGCAAACCGUAUUCGUAUAAAUAAUGAUCGCGUACACAGCGAACGUAUACUUCACCGUUCGUCUUAAGCAGUUCAAAAUCACAGCACAACGGUGCCCACGAAUACAUACCACCUACAGCCAUUUGCCUACUACCCUGAUCGCUGUUACCUAUACAUUCGAUUGUCGAAGUUGAAGUUCCUGCGACCACCGUCCGCCGACGUUCUCCAGACACGUCGUACCAUAUUACACAAACAUACAUACACACAAACCGUCCGGUUCACCAUGUUCGCAAUAAUCGCCAUCGUUUUCGCGGUCCAAGCCACAGCAGUGUUGGCCGGAGCCCGGUACCCAUCCGGACUGAACCCGGCCCUGUGCCCGAACUAUCCGCACUGCGACAACGUGCUGCUUGCCGCGUACGCUCAACCAGGGGCCAAUGAUUAUAGUGGCCAGUACAACAACAACAAUAAUGACGACACACAACAUUACGGGUCUGGUUAUCAGCGCCAUCCAGCCGUCGGAGCGUACAGCCACUACCGACACCAACAGCCGUCCGUCCCGUUGCCGUACACCGAACCCGGUUACCCGGCCGGCCUUAGUUCGUCCAACUGCCCCAACUAUCCGUACUGCUCACACCAGGUGCCCGCCGAAGCGUUAAAGUACGAAGCGCACAACAGGUACCCGGCCGGUGUUACUCCGCAUAACUGCCCCAACUACCCGUACUGUUACUGAGGGACAUCACAUGCACCUCCCAUGUAUGUACGCGUAGCAUUUGGUGCAUACUGGUAUUUAAAUACGCGUACUGGUAUCAUAUUAUGUUGUUGAUUGUAUAUUGUUUUGCCACCCUGAUUUAUAUAUGACAAAAAAUACCCAUACUGUACUUCAAAUAAAUCAUAUUCUGUAAUAAACACUAAUCCAAUAUAAUAUCUAUGGCUUA